AUGCCCUUGGACCUGAGCAAGCUGGGUAGGAAGAGCUUUGUUUCUCAACAAGGCUUGGCUGAAGUUCUGCAAGCUGUGGCAGAAGCUGGUGAGCUGCCGCCUGGUACUUCCAGAAGUGCUGUGAAGCGAUCUCGGCAAAAGGCUAUCGCAGCAGAUACUCCAUUCGGAAGCACGCUGAAGCACUGGACCUUGAAAAACGUCCACGGCGGGGAAACCACAGUGCACUACUUGGACCCAGCUGCCUGUCUCUGGUAUAGUGUCCAGACGUGUCAGUUGUUCCAAGAGUUUUUCGCCCAGGUGGCAAUUCAGAAGCCGAGCAGCCCCACGAACAGAUGGUCUAUAAUUUUGUACGAGGACGAGGUUGCCCCAGGCAACCAACUCAAACCAACCAAUUCCAGGCGACUCCAAACCUUUUAUUGGAGUUUUAAAGAAUUUGGCAGCAGCUUAACCAACGAAGAUGCGUGGCUGGUGCUGAGUACAGUCCGCACGAGCACUGUAAAUGAGUUGGUGGAUGGGUUGACACAGGUUGCCAAGCACGCGAUGUUGAGCUUCAACCAGUUGGGUCGCAGCUUCAUGCAUGGUCUCCACAUUCCCUGCCGGGGUCGCCCAAGCUUGGUCUUGUGUGCUGAGCUCCAGAUCCUGGUUGCUGACGAGUCGGCUCUCAAGCAUCUGCUUGAAUUCAAGGGCGCGAAUACGAUCAACGCACGGUACGCUCCGGCCGAGCUCGACCCCAGCAUGGUGCUUCAUACAUGUACGGACGACGCUCGCUUCAAGUUGCAUUCCCUGAACUCUCUGCAGGCCGCCCUUGCUUACCUCGCAGAGAACGAAGACCAAGUGACGCAGCAGGCUUUUGCAAAGAUGCAGACAAACCUGGGAUUCAACCUCUGCAAGGAGGGGGUCCUCCGAUGCAAUGAUGUCUUGACGCAGUUCGAUCCGACUCGGGGGACUAUGUUCGAUUGGGCCCACAUUUUCCUUGUAUCCGGGCUGUGGCAUUUCGAGGUCAAUUUGCUCCUGGUCAGGUUGAGCCGUGCAAACGUCAAACAGCAACAGAUCCACGAAGCCUUCCAAGAAUACCAUUUGCCGUCCUUUAUAGCAGGGAAAGGUUGCGACAUCAAAAAGGUUUUCCAGAAGAAGAAAACAAGUGAUGCCGACUUCAAGUCCUCAGCGACCGAAGCUCUCGCAGCCUAUCCGAUUCUCAGAGACAUCUUGCACAACAUCAGGCAAGCCACCGUGCUGCCAGCGGAGGCUGCAGAGGCUAUCAGUUGUUAUAUGUUGCACUGCAAGUGCUUGGAUUUGUUACAACGGACUUUGUGCGACAACGUUGGCCACGAUGAGUUGAGAACUACGAUCAAGGCAUACUUGGAUCGGUACCUCGCCGUCUAUCCGGACGAGACUUUUUUACCGAAAGCGCACAUGAGCAUGCACCUGGCCGGGCAGCUCCGACAGCACGGCUGUCUCAUAAGUUGCCUCACUCACGAGCGGCGACAUAAAGAGUUGAAACGUUACGCCAAUGUGCAGUGCAACUCGAGACAAGGAACAGAAAAAUCUUUGCUCCAAGAAAUGCAACUUACACACAUGGAGGCCUUGGAGCGCUUGAGGUUGGAUUUUCCGAACCAGUUGCAACUGCCCAGACCAGCCAGCCCGUCGCUACAAAGAGCUUUUGCAGCCUACUUCGGACUUUUUUCGGCCGAGGGUUUGACGAUGAGUGGAAAGGCUGAAGUGACCAAGUGGCGGUUGCUUGCAACAGGCGACGUUGUGCUCCUGGCCGACCCGGUGGCCGUAGCUGAAAUCUUGUACCAUUGCUGUUUCGAAGGUCGCUUGCUGACAUGUGUGACAUUGCUCGACGCAUGUUCCACCCCUAACAUGUUCAGGAAAUCGCAGGACAACUGCACCUUCGUUCAGGCAUCCUCCAUUCGUGGACCUUGCAUCACUCGGAAGACCGGAGAGUUCAUCCACAUCGUGCCUCAGCACUUUGCUGCUUGA